AUGUAUCUUCGGCAAUUCACAGUACCGGUGGCGCUUUUUGCAGCACUAGCCUCCGGAUAUGCAGAUCCGGAAGGCUGCUCUGGUGCAUGUGUUGUGUAUGACCCCACGAUCAUUCAAAGAUCCUCUGACAGUAAAUACUUUCGUUUUUCUACUGGCAAUGAGAUUUCUUAUGCUAGUGCAUCGAGCCUUUUGGGGCCAUGGACAACUAUUGGAUCUAUGCUGCCGGAUGGCUCGUCCAUUGACCUGGAUGGGAACACGGACCUUUGGGCCCCUGAUGCCCAUUACAUAGACGGUCUCUACUAUGUCUACUACGCCGUCUCGACAUCUGGCUCACAAGACUCUGCAAUCGGUCUUGCAACCUCCGAGACCAUGGAGCUAGACUCCUGGACGGAUCACGGGUCUGUCGGUAUCCAGUCCUCGUCUUCAAAAAUUUACAACGCGAUUGAUCCUAGUCUGAUUGAAGUCGAUGGCACCUAUUACAUGAACUUUGGCUCAUUCUGGGACGACAUCUACCAAGUGAAGAUGAACUCUGCCGCGACUGCUGCCAGUGGAUCUUCAUAUAAUAUUGCCUACUAUCCAGAUGGUACCCACCCAGAGGAAGGUUCCUACAUGUACAAAUAUGGCGAUUACUACUAUCUGUUCUAUUCGUGGGGUAUUUGCUGUGACUACGAUGUUGAUUUGCCUGCCUCGGGUCAGGAAUACCACAUCAAGGUCUGUCGGUCGACUUCUGCGACUGGUAGCUUUGUCGAUGCGGAUGGCACUGACUGCACUGAUGGCGGUGGCACUAUCGUGUUGGAGAGUCACGGAGAGGUUUAUGGACCCGGUGGACAGGGUGUAUACGAUGACCCGACGUAUGGUACUGUGCUGUACUAUGCCUACACAGACACCAGCAUUGGUUAUGCCGACGACGAGAAGCAGUUUGGCUGGAAUGUUAUUGACUGGUCUACUGGAUGGCCUGUCGUCUAA